AUGAAAAUCUCCGAAGCCCUAGCAACCGACCACGCCUACCUAGACACCUGCUACUACUCCCUCAAAGCGGCCUCAACCCCCUCCGACCAGCUCGCCUGGCGCAACCAACUAAUCUGGAACCUUGCGCGACACGCCAUCUCCGAAGAAUUGACCGUGUACCCUGCAAUGGAGAAAUGGCUCGGCGUGGAAGGGAAAGCGCUGGCGAAGGAGGAUUUCGAACAACAUCAAGCUGUCAAGGAGGACUUGUCGAAAUUACAGAACAUGUCACCGCAAACCCCCGAAUUCUGGACCCUCCUCGAGACCUUAAUAACAGACCUGCACACGCACAUCGAGCACGAAAAGAACCACGACAUGCCCCGUCUCGAAUCCGUGCUUCCCCCCGGCGAAUCCGAGAAGAUCGCGCUCAGUUUCGCCAGGACGAAGAAGUUCGUACCGACGAAAUCGCAUCCGAGUGCGCCGACGAGUAGUGUGUUGAGCGAGGGAUUGGCCGGGUUGUUGGCCGCGCCGUUUGAUAAGUUGAGGGAUUUGCUGCAGACGUUUCCCGAGGGGGCGGGGGAGGGUACGGAGGUGGAUUGGAGGGGGAAGUUGUAG